CAGUAAAAAAAGAGGCUCCCCCGACGUGCAUGAGCUGACCCUGUCAAAAGAAGACUUUCAGAAUAAAGAAAAGAAUAAAGAAGAUGUCUUCAGCACGUUCAUCACACACAGAAGGCCUGGUGACUUUUCACAUGUGACAAAAAAUGACGAGCGCUUCCUCAAGGCGCUCAUCCGUGAGGAAAAGACGAGGGAAAGCUUCACAGCUGUGAUUAUCACAGAAGUCCAACCUGAGCACAUAGACUUCAUGAAGGAUAAAUUUAAAGUAUUGACCAGACAGCUAGCUCAUAUUUAUCACUAUUACAUCCACGGACUCAACGGAAACUCCAUGAGAAGCAGCUCUUCAAACCAGGAUAAUUCUCCAAUGGUGGACAUUCAGGUCACUCUGCGGGAAAAGCCCCCCAGAUUACCCAGAGUGAUGAACCUUAAGGAGGUGGAGGACGACAUGCAGAGUCUGUACAUAAAUAGUGCAACAGACACGUUUGAGUUCAGGGCCUCCACUCAAGACAACAGUGGCAAAGUGGAGGGAAUCAUUCGAUAUCAUCCCUUCCUCUACGACCGGGAAACCUACCCUCAAGACCCCGAUGCUGAUGAAGACUCCGAGGAUAACGAGGUCAGCAAUGACGACGAGUCUGGAGUUGUGCACCAGACAAGACGGAAAAGGUCGAUAUUUGACUUUUUCUGGAAUGGACGACUCAUACCAAAAAAUGGAUACUUUCAGUUUGAUUGGUGCACUCCCAAGGGAAGUAAGCCGCCAGCCGAGUGUUACAAUCGGUUUUCAGGGGCGCUUUUCACCAACGACGCCUUCAAGGUCACCACAAACAAGAUGUCCUUCGUGGACCUGGAGCUGACUCUGAAAAACAAGAAUAUUAUCUUCACCCGUGUUGAAAAUGGAAAGAAUCGCAGAAAAGUCGACAUUCGAAAGGACUUUACAGAUUGGCUUCAGACCUGUCACGACAAGCACGACAAACAAAUCAAGUUUGUUGACUACCAGGGGACCAUAAAAAGAGAAGACUUGCCAAAGAAGAUGCAGGAUUCCUGGGAGAUAUUUUCCUCCAUCGAAUGGGACGGGAGAAUCUACAAGACAGGCCAACUUGUGAAGUCUCUGAAAACAGGGUCCAAUCUGUAUGGUACCAUACUUCGUUUUUUGCGGCACGGUAAUACAGAAAAAAAGAAUGGAAGCGUCUUUGCUACAGGAGGACAGGUUGAACUGGUUCUGGAACCAAAAGCACUUCACGAUAAGAACAAGAUCAUCCCUAUUUCCAAGAUAGACAAGACAGCCACCGAAGAAGCCAUCUUGAAACACAUUGAAAGUGACUCUGCCAAGCUUCCAGAUAAACUCAGAGUGGAGUGGCCUGAAGGUAAUCCCUGGAAGCAGAAUACAGGGUACCCAGCAGGGACCCAGUUAGGACCACUCAAAGUUGAAAUUCUCGACAAGAACGAAGUGCCGAUGGCCAGGAUGCCAAAAGGGGAACAAGGACUUGGAAAAAACCUGGUUAUCCAGCUCAAAAUAGUCUGCGAAGACAGUGACAAUGACAUGACUUUCGUUGCCCCUCAUGCAACAAAAUGGGCUUUCUGGUUCAAGAAAAAUGAGUGUCUGACUGAGCUGGGGAAGUAUACUCUGACUCUGUCCUCUAUGAUACAGGAGAGCCGUAUGACGGUUAUCGGAGACAAAGAGCUUCCAAGCUACAAACUCAGUUUCAGUAUCACAGAGGGAAUUGCUCAGAAAUUUGUCAUCGGUGCAUCAAUGAGUCCCACCAUUCAUAUAGGAGUGCCGUUCGACAUUCCUCUACAGAUAAAAGACGCUUAUGACCACUCAACUCCUCCCCCUCCUGAUCUCAAACCUGUUCUCACUUGCAGUGAGCUGGAACUGAGUUUUGAAAAAACAGACACCCGAGGGUCCACGUUCACCAUCAAAGGUGUCAGAGCCAGAGGAAAAGUUCGAGAUUACCAACAGAUAAAGACAUAUGACCUCAACGUGACCCUGCCUGGCCUGAAAGAAGACACACUGAUGAUCAAGAUCAGUCCUCUUCCCGGCAAUCCGCAUUCUCUCCAUGUGAAACCAGAAGAUGAGCCGAUCACAGUAGAGAACGGACACACCGUCAAGUUUAAUGUAGAAGUUCACGAUGAGGCAGGAAACAUCACUGCUUCCCCAAAACAGAUUGUUCGAUGUAAGGUUGAUGGGCUUCCAUUUAAGGCAACAGACUGCAGCACAGGAGUUGGGCAGCUUGAGACUGAGCCCAUAAACCUGAAAAUAAUCCAUGGAGAACCACAGAUGCUCAAGGCUGAGUUUGUGAUGCCUAGUAAGAAGAACAUUGCGACGGUGGUGAGGGAGCUGAAGGUGGUACCCAGCAGAAGAGUCUUGAGGAUGGAGCUUGGCAGUGUGGACGAUGAGAAUCUGGUGCUAAAGAACAAUGAAAAGAUCGAGUGGUUGGCUGGAAGCUCGUUGGAGAACCUGUUCUUCAAGCUGUUUGAUGAAGCGGGUAGAGAGGUAUCUCUCUCUCCAGAAAUAGCCUCAAAGAUCAAGGUUACCUGGACUGCAGAUGAAAAUCUGGAAGAUCUGCUCCAAGGGAGGCUGCCCGACUUACAGGUGCCCACACAGGCACAUAGAGAGCAACGCUACCAGGUGUCCUACCAAGACCAGAGUGUGUCCUUCUCUUUUUACAUCAUACCUCACCCUGAUGAACCAUCAAAGAUGAAAGCGACUCUGCCAACAAAAAACCCAGUGAAGCUGGGUGAAACCAUGUCUGGAAUCACCUUGGAGCUUCUGGACCAGUAUGAUAAUGUUACCCCAACACUAACCCCCAUCUGUGUGGACCACAUGAAGGUGGAAGCAGAGGGUCUGGACCAAUCGGCCAUUAACUUUGUAUUUAAGGAGAGCAGCAGCUCAGUGCUCGUGACAGGGGUGAGGUUUCAGUCUGGGUCUCUGGGCGCCAGAGAGCUUUGCUUCACCUACAUGAGCUUUGAGGUGCGAGUCAUAGUUAAGAUGACAAAUGGAGACCCUGCAAAGCUGGAACUAGUCAGUGGGCCAGAAAUGCCUUUGCAGUUGUUCAAUGAUAAUGGCAUCGCUACACCCUUCGUCAUUCAACUGCGUGACGAGUGGGGGAACCCCUGUCCGGACCAGAGGGUUUCUGUAGAGCUGAGGUCUUCACCCCCGCACUCAAAGGUGAUGUCACCUGUUGCAUCAAUGCAUGUGAACGCAGAAGGGACAGUGUCUUUCACUGUGAACAGCGUGAGCGGACCGAAGGGGUACUAUCAGCUGGAGUUUAUAGGCUCCUUCAACAAAAAACCCAUCCCUGGUCCAUCAGUAAACCUUGCCGUCAUCCCUGAUCCCCACAAGCCUGUCAGGCUGUCAGUGCGGUAUGAUACAGCUGCAAAGUUUGCUGCUGGGGGAAAAUUCCCAGCUUUUGCUGUGACCGUGGAGUCUGAGGAAGGAAGCCCAAUGACGACUUUUAACCCUGCUGCUGCGUCCAUGCUGCUGCAGAAUGGGGCGUCAUCAGGAGGGAUACCUCCUCCAACGACCACCGAGCUGAAGUGUAGUAAGCCAAUGGAGAAUGAAAACAAAGACUGCUUUCACUUCAGAGAUAAAGACAUACCACAACAUAUCGGAGAGUACUCCAUUCAGUUUUCUCUGCGUCUGGGGGGAGAAAAAGUCCUGUACAGCCCUGAGAUGAAGAUAAAAGUGGAGGCCAAUCAGCCCGUCAGACUGGGGCCCAAGUCUCAGCCAACACCCCCGGUAGUUUCCUACAGUAAAGACAUCUCCAGCCGGACCUUGGUGCAGAAUCUGACUCUCUUUGUGAUGGAUUCAUAUGGAAACCCAGCGGGGCAGAACCUGAAUGGAGAAGUGCUUGUUUCUAUAAGGGACUCGCAGAAUGAAGAAAAACGCAGAAACCUCCCGCAGUUUGAUGGCAAAGCCAGCAGCUGUAUGAUCAGCUUGGUGGAUGGAAAAGCCCACAUUGAUAGGCUGACUAUCAUGGAGAACAGUCCGGGAUACAACGGCAGUUCAUACACGCUCCUCUUUGAGCCUGUUGUGCAGUCUGUUCCCCUGACUCCCUUCACGCUCCCCUUCCAUUUUUUUAAUGAUGCUGAGAACCAAAGAAAGAUGUCUGAGCUGUCCAAGAAGAAAGUUAAGCUCAAUGAAGAAAUCGCUGUAUAUAAAAAAGUCUUUACAGAACAUGACAGUCUCCUUCCUAUGUUGAACAAUCAAAGGCUGGAUACAUGUAAAAAAGAGGCCGAGCAGAGAAAGAAGCUGAUCAACCGUCAAGUGAUAUUAGCACAACAUGUUACCUUGCAAAGUCUUAACAGACUGAUCGCAGAAAAAAACAAAGAAAUGGAGAGGAUCUUCAGGACGCCCAGAAGAGUCUACCCCCACCGGGAUCGGUUCAAGGAGCUGCCGGAUGUUUUGGGAAUGGUUGGUCACCUGGCUUUUAUAAGUGACGACUCAGAAGCGAGGGUCAUCUCCUGGCACCUCAGAGGCGACAUGAGAUGUGUCGUUACUAAAACCAGGGAAGCAGCACAGAGGAUCCAUCGUGACACCCAUGGACAGCAGGAGGUCUUGCCCCUCACCAGUGUAUACGUGGCACAAAACAAGGGGCUGCUGCCACACUUAAGAAACGGCCGUCUUCUCUUUGAGCCCCGUGGGAACCCAAAGUUUGCCAGAGAACUCCUCACGUACCCUGGAGACCAAGACCAACAGAGCUGUGUGACUGUGUUUAAAAACUUCCUCGCAAAUACUAUUCUGAUCGAUGACCUGGACUCUGGAAACCACUACAGAGAGAUGGUGGUGCAGGGUGGGUCACAAUGUCCCACCAUCCUGACCGGCAGGGGGACAGGAUAAGUGGGAAGGGCAAGUUUGGAGGCUCACAGAACAGUGCCCCCUCGAACAUGCCAGACGUUUUUGGAGCCCCCAUCCCACAGGAGUAUUUCACUCUUAAGGAACAAAUAG